AUUGCUUCAAAAAACGCUGUAUGAACUGCGGUCUUUGAGACAUUUGAUUCUUCUGUAUAUCUGUUCUUUUCUUUCGGGAAGUUUGACAUAUGGCACCACCAGCACCCCCAAAAUGGGCCACUGAGCUAGUAAAUGAAAUAAAGAGAAUCGGUGGCAUGAUGGACUUCAUUAUCACACAGAACGAGGUUUGUCUUAAUGUCGCUACUAUUCGUAAAAAUACAGACCGUAUCGCUGCUUCCUUGGUUGCCCCCUCCACUACCAAUACUGCUAGUAGUUCUGCUAUUGCUGCUCUCACCAUUUCCCAUGCGGCUGUCCGCGAUAACUUGAUUGCAAAGCCAAAGGAAAUAAAAAGUGUAGUUCUUGAUGCCAUUGCCAGUGUUGUAGAAGAAGAAGCCGAUCCGAACAAGAUCUAUGAAGACAUUAAGAGAGAAACAAACAAUCUCGUUAAUGCAACAAUUGAGCAAGUUGGAGAUUUUGUUGGUUGGACUGCCCUUCCUAGGCAAUACAGAACAGCACUGCUCGGCGAUGCCACAACCUUUGCAGCAAACAAUGGCCUCCGGGAUAUUGGUUGCUUUGAACGAAAUUGGAUCAUUGAUUAUGUUGUUCAGGGAUGUUA